GUUGUACCGGCGCUUGGUGACUCUGUCAGAAGAGGAAGCCAAUUGGUACCUGGAGGUAAAGGCGCAAUUGAUGAGUCAAGGAAAAGAAAACAGGGCCCGACAGUUGAGAAGUGAAACCAUCCGAUUGAAGACCUUCCUAGAGGAAGCAUGUGAUUUAAAACGCGGAGAGCGGAAGGAAGAGAAGUCGGGCCAGGACUCGCAGGAGGACGGCAAAUGGCACAGCCUCCACAGUCGGGAGCUCUUUCAGGUCGUUACAGCGCGCCGAGAGGUGGAGCAACACCGGCAGAAGGUCUCGGCCGCCGAGAUCUCGUUGCACCGUGCAACACAUCCCAAGUUGGCAGUGGUGGAGAACGAGACCAGGGUGAAAGAAGCCCACCAGUUGCUGGAAAGUUUCGCCACCUGGGCCUCCAAAACGGAAGCUGCCUUGACCCUCUUCGUCCCCUGGCGGACCUGGCGGGAUGCGAUGAGCACAUGGUUUCGGGCGGUCCUGGUGCGCCAAUGUGAGACGGUGUCGGAUACACCCCUCGCAGCGGCAAUCCUCGGCACAUGGUUUCGGGCGGUCCUGGUGCGCCAAUGUGAGACGGUGUCGGAUAGACCCCUCGCAGCGGCAAUCCUCGGCACGUGGUUUCGGGCGGUCCUGGUGCGCCAAUGUGAGACGGUGUCGGAUACACCCCUCGCAGCGGCAAUCCUCGGCCGGUGUUCCACGCUGUUCGACGCUGUUCGCACAUGGUUUCGGGCGGUCCUGGUGCGCCAAUGUGAGACGGUGUCGGAUACACCCCUCACAGCGGCAAUCCUCGGCCGCUGUUCCACGCUGUUUUUCCUUCCUUCUCAGUCUCAACCAGUCAGCUUCUUGAUAGCCCCGCACGUCCGUGACACGUUCCUCAUGCCUCCUACGACCCUUGCCAUGAUGCCAGCCGAUGUGCUGCUGCGAUUGCACAUUCUCUUGGGUCUGCAGGUCGCGCCUGUCUUUGCCUGGACUGCUCCCUUCGUCACUCCUCUCGUGGUCGUGGCACAUGCCCGAGCACAAUUGGAGCUGCUCGAAGUCCUACUUGAAACAGAGGUGCCCUGCGGCUUCACCUUUUUCUCCCGUGUGCACAUGUACUGCGCAUUGUGCUCCGCCGCGGUGGCCGCUGUGGCUGCUCCACUGCUAGCAGUCGCUGAACUCGACCUCUUCUAUCCCGGGAUGAAUGAGGCUGCUCAGGGGCACGUCUUUUGGGCGACCUACCGGGACACAACCGAUGCUGUGGGAGGCCUUUCCAUGUGGGUGCCUCCUGCGAACCAGCGCUUGGACUUGUCGGAUUACUUGGCAUUGGACUUGGGCCUUUCAUCUGAUCCUCUUGAGGCAUGGCUGGAACUCAAUGUUUCGGACAACCUCGCGCCCGUGCAGGAUGCGAUCACUUUGCUCCACCGCGGUGCCUACGCGUUUUCCUUCUACCCCCGAGAUUGCGAGACAGAUCGUGCGGCAAGAUGCUUUCUGCAAUUCAACGUCUUCGGCAUUGCGGGGGCUCUGGCGAAGGGGGCUCUGGCGAUUGAGGAGCCAGAGGUGGACCCCCAAAUCAACCUUCUGCGCCAGCACAAUCGUCCCUACAAUUUCGUCAUGGACUGCGCCUCUGCGGCGCUACUGGGAGGCCUGCACUGCCCCGCCAUUGGACACGUCCCAGGCGGCAUAUUUUGCGCUGAUACGGCCGCCACUUCGUUGGUCGCAAAGGUGAGAACUCUGCUUGGCGCUGGACCUGGAGACCUUCGACCUCUGGAUGCCAUGCUGCUCAAUGGUGCUGGCGGUCCCGUGGCUGCGUGGCAUCUGUGCAACCACGACACCCCGCAAUGGGUGUCUCUGUCAGGUCUUUUGACUGAUGAACGCUUGCACCAACAGCGCCGCUUUGAGUUUUAUCACUUGCGCACUGGCUCACGGUACUUCGUUGUCUACCUUUUGCUGGACACCUUCCGCUUUGCUCUAGUCUUUGAAGCUGCCCCAGCUGCUGUUGUGGCAGUUUACUUGCAUGCAGGCAUGCUUCCGGUCAUUGCUGACUUUCCCUCCGAUCAUUUCUUUUGCUCGCUGUCCUGGCUCGAACCUCGGUUGCUUGUUGCCCAUGCAGUUUUGCUCAAACCACGUGCGACAGCUGCAUGGGUGCAAAUGGACGCCAUGGCUGCUGAGCUCGUAUCGUCGCCCCUGCGCCAUUGCCCGCUCUGCACGGCGGGAUCGGCACUUCAACCACAAGGCGACACACCAGCUGUGUGGGGGCUGUCGUAUGCUACAGGCUUCGUUCGUCUCCGGGCACAACGCCUGCGUUGCCCGUCUUGUCGCGCAUGGUUUUUGGGCUGCUGGGCAUACCCCCACGGUGGCCAAAGCCGCGUGGUGAUAGCUUGCCAUCCGACUGCGUGCAGUUGGUUCUUCUUUCGGGAGCGCCUGCAUGCAGACAGUUUCGUGGCAUUGCACACCGAAUAUCUGCGGUUCAUGUCCACCGCCUUCCUCUUCUUGCGUGCUUCGUUUUCUGGCUUGGUGAAGACGGUUCAAGCCAUGUUUCCUGGACCGGAUCUAACUCAUCACGACUGCCAGCGUUGUGUUGAGCAUGGCUGGUUCCUGUACAACACACUUCAGCACACUUGGGCUGCGUCUCGGGUUGGCACCGUCUUUGAUGUACGCCUCGAUGCACUGGAUCGGACUUUGGCGCAGCAUGAGCCGUGGUUGCAUGAUCUGCUUCACCGCCACGCUUCUUCCCAUACUUGCGUGCAUUGCUCCAAUCCGGUGCUUGCUGGCGACGGCGGCAUGAAGCUUACCACCUCGCUCUGCAAUGAACGCACCUCUGCUUCGUUCACCGACUCUCAGUUGGGGCUGCGCGUGACGCUGGGGUGCACAAAGCGGCCCCAAGCUAAGUCGGUGUUUUGCCGCGGCCACCAACUGCCGCCUUCCCCCCAGCUUCCGCCGGAGAUUCGGGAUCACAAACGCAUCAGCGGCCACAUCCAUUUCCGCUACGUCGGCAGCGCCGACUUCCUGCCUCUGCAGCAGGUGGCUGCUGCUCGGUUGCGCCAGUAUGACUCUAAGCUGGCGCUUCUGGACUAUGCUACCGCAGAUCCGGGCCGCUUUGGGGGAAGCGAGCGUGAUGGAGCGCCUGCUGAGGAGCUGCUUCAGAUGGACGCUACUGACUAUGAGUUCAUUCAGACAUGCAAUUGCAUCAAGGACGAGCGAAAGCGGCUCGCCGUUCGUCGCUAUGCUGGGGUCUUCGUCAUCGUACUCCCUUGCGGGCACAUCGUCCACGUACAUCACCUGGUGGGGUCAGAGAGCUUGCCACAGGUUGCCCUCUGCUUCGCGCUGCGUCUCACCAACGGCAAGCGCUUCCUGUGCUAUGACAAUGCGUGUGCCCUGGCGCGCUUUUGUCGCAACCCAGUCCGUGCGCACCGGAUGGGCAUCUUUCAGGGUUGUCAAUUCAUCUUGCCAGAGUCACACGCACGGGGCCACACGGCGUGCCUGGACCCCACACACGUCCACUUUUUGCCAGAGGUGCGGAAAAGUCAGCACCCCGAACUUCAGGGCAUCAACACUGAAGCACAGGAGCAUGUUUUUGCUUGGGCUCGUUGGCUAGUCUAUGUGGCCAACCCAAUGGCCCCAGUGCGGCACCGACUCUUUUUCCUUCUUCUCUGCUUGGCGCGAAAUCAGAACCGGGACAUUGCCCGGCCCAUGCCCCGGCGUCGACGCCCUCGUGCGUGGGGAUUGUGGCGCGGUGCUGCACGCACUGCUGACGUGCAUGAAGGGCCACUGGGCGACGCACCUGUGCCAGAGGUUGCUGCGGAUCCUCCUCAGCAGGUCGCCCAUGACGUACCUGUGGCGGCGGAUCCUCCGGAUGACCCCAUGGUGCCGGCCAACCCGGUACCGCCGCUCCUGCUCAAUCUUCGCGAUCGCAAGCUGCACCGAGUGGCCUCCCGGAAUCACGUUGCCUGUGGCGCCACCUUGCCGAAGCGCUGGCGCUUUCUGACUUCCCGAGAUGAAGAGCCUCGUGCCAAGCUGUGCCUUCGCAAUGGUCCUGCCGCGCUUCAGCGACGGGAGCGCCUCUGUGCACACUGCCGCUGCGGAUGGUUCUGGCUUGCGACCAUUGGCGCUGCGAUCCGCGAUGCAUUGCAGCUGCUCUUCGGCACCUUGCUCUCAGCAUGUUCUCCUCGGCCUGUCCAGGCCUCCGGCCUCCCGUUGCUCGCUUUGUCCGACCGAUCGGUCGGCGAUGUGUCGACUGACGUCGACGUGGACUACUUCUUGGACGUCCUGCCGAGCGAGUCCUCUUCCUCCAACACCACGGGAAGUCUGCUGCGUGCAUUGCAUCUUGCGACGGCCCUGUGCCCGGAGCAAUUCGUCCUAGUCCUUUGUCAUGGCGCACGCUUCGACCCGCAGCUGCAACGCAGCCUUGCGCUCACCUUGAAUGGUUGCAGCGCUGUGCCAUUGGACCCUCUGCUCAGCGUUCUUCGAUCUGUGCUUACAGAGCACCUGCACAUUCUCGACCUGCCAACGGCCAGAGCCCGCACAGCAUUUCCGACGGACGGUGCUCUGCAUCCGGCAAUGCCUCUUCCUGCAUUGUGCCACCACGGCGGCUACUGGACGUUUGGGUGGCUCAUGCCAACAAGAGCGGGGGUUGACUCCGCAGACUGCUCGCUAAGCGGGGCGGCAGAAUCUGCCGAGGCAGCCUCUGCCGAGGCAGAGGGCACAGGAACAGCAAAUUCAGCAGCAGAAGAGCUCGGCGUGGCAUCGGCCGAGGCAGAGGGCACAGGAACAGCAAAUGCAGCAGCAGAAGAGCUCGGCGUGGGCGGUGCACAUGGCGCGCCACAGGGAGGCUGCAGUCCGCUUCCAUCAGAUCGACAUGAUGUCAUGUCAUUCCUCGCUGGCCUCUGCUGCCUGAUGCCGCUCCGUGCAGAUGUGCUGCAGGGGGCACUGCACGCGGCCGGAUUGGAUAUGUCUGCUUCCGUGCCCUGCAGGCUUCAAGACUUGGCUGCUCUUGUCGCUGCGCUGGGUCAAGCUGCUUUUCCGGAUGGGGUGGUCCUUCGAUGCAUGGAGCCUCCAUCGGCAUGGCUUCUGCCCCAGGGCUGUUGUCAACCCUGCCACAUCACGCGCGACACCCCGCCGCAUGGCUUUUUGCUGAGGUCUGCUGCGGGGCGCUUCUCUUCAUGGCUGCAGCUGCCGCGAGCCUUCGCACCAGAGUGGCCGCGGCAGAUCGCCUUGUCCUCCUGCUGUUUUGCGUUCUGGGAUGCAAGUGCCCCAUUUGCUGACAAUGCCAACUGUUUCUUUGAUGCUUUGGGCAUCGACCGAUGCGUGCUGUUGACCUAUGCGCUCGCAUCUGCCUACGCCUUGCCGCCUCGUCUGGGGCGACUGGUGGUGACCCGGCUCCUGCGACUGUUUUCCACGACCUGCCCUGUGUGUGGCCUCGAUUGUCAGCUUUUCGUCAACCUGUUGCCUGCGUGGUUUCCACACGGCUUACUGCUUCUCCACUGCGAGGGAGCACUGCUCCACUUCCGAUCCGGCUUUCCGCCUGCAAGUGUUCUUCCCGAGGAUAUUUUCGAAUUUCUCCCAUCCUUACCCCUCAUCUACUACGAGCACGCGCACUUCUACGCCGCGGUCCUGUUUCCGGACGCCUUGGCAGGAGCUACGAUCUCCAUGCAAAGACUGGUGCGAGUGCCUACCGCACUGGUUCCUUCUCUUGCGGCCCAGAUCCUUGGUGCCGGUCGCAAGUUCACGGAGACGGAGAUCCUGGCGGCUUUCGCAGCUGCAGAAGACAUUCCGUUCCCGCUCGCCGACCUGGAGAAGCUGGUGCCUGCGAUCUGCAAACACUGCUCUGCUGUGGCCGACUCCCUCAGUGUUCCAUUAUCCUGGGUGCUUCUCGCAGAGGUGUGCACAGCGGCAUUCUUGGCCCCAACCUCGGUCCUCUUACCGACCAAAACCUUGCCAUUGUACAGCAUGCCCUGGGCACUCAUUCUGCAUCCUGGUGCCACCCAAACCAGCGGCCCCAUGGCCGCCUACAAUCGCACACUGCGCCAGAUUGAGCUCUGGGAAGAUGAGUUCCAGCUAGCGCAGGCCAAGCUUGCCUUCCGGCAGCAACAAGACGGGGCGCAGCCUGCUGCUGCGGGCAGCGAUGAACAGGUGACAAAGAGACCCCGCUUUACCCCUCCGCCUCCCAUGCACAUGGGAUUCACAUCCGGCUCCAUCGAUGGUGUUGUGGGACGCAUGGCCGAACCGCAGAACCUGAGUCGGGCUGCUGCGUUUUUGGCGGAGGGGCUCAUCUUCUUGAGCUGGAUCUCGGAUCAAUGUGCCAGUCAUAAAGGCCUCAUCACUCAGCUUACCGAUCGGAUUCUUUGGGACAAGGUCACCGUGAAGGAUCGCACCACAGUCAUGGUCGAUGCUCCCUUCCUUGGGGUGUGUGCCGCUGUCCACAUGGAAGAGGUGAUGAAUGCAAUUGGCACUGAGGACCCCCUGGGUUUGCGGGAGCGCUUGCUUGUCAUGUACGAUAGACCGCGCUUUGCCCGUGCUGCUGCGCUGCGUGAUGCCUGCGCAGCCAUACCUGCGGCGACGUUGCAUGGGUUCCUUGCAAACCAUUUUUGGAACCUUCAUGUGGUGCACCAUCCCGCGCACCCGCCGAAGGAACGCUUCACGCGGGAUCUCAACUACAAUUGGCUGCACUACACCUUCGCCGCUGAUGCAGCUACAUUAUUCUGGGACAACUUUGAUGAGCGCGCUUCAGAGCAAGAGGCCGCCUAUCGAGUUGAUCAACAGGCUGCAAAGCGCGCAGGCAAGGGCAAGACGAGACAUUUUCGUCUGGCGCUCCCUUUGCACAACCUCAUGCAGGCUUGCAAUGGCGUUGCCCCAGACAAUUGGUCCUUUGAGAUCUCCCUGCAAGCUGCCCAAGCAAGUCUCGCUUUUAGUACAUGGAUGGACAGCAUCUUUGCUACCCUGGAUCUCCUCCGCGCGGCACCGCCGCCUUCUGUCGCCGAUCCCGCCGCAGCAGCGCGUCCAGCUGCGCCAUCCGACCUUCGCAGCAUUUUGGCCUGCACGACCAUGCCGUCGCUCCUCGCAGCCGGCAUCCAUCCCGCACACCUGCGAACCAUGAUGCUUGCCGUCUUGGAAUCGCAGAAGAAGCCCAUUCUGCGCCACAAUGAUGUGCUGCAUCUGCGCAGCGUGCUCGCCUUGAAUCUUGAGGAUCGUCUUGCCCUCGCACAUGCCCUGCGAGCCUUGCGGGCUCUGGACUUGCUCGGCUUGGGGGUUUUGACGCACAGCACAAAUGCAACCGGUACGAAGGUGCUGUGGUUCACCAAACGCCCUCCGGAUGAUUGGCGGCAUGUGGCCCUGCAAGUGUCCCGCACUGCGCUGCAACUCCCGCCAGACUUCCCGUUCGCUUCGUGGACCCUGGAGCGCCUCCGAGAGGGUCGCAUGAAGAGCCAGACAGAGAUAUCUUUCCCAGACCUCGACGGCGAAGAUGUUCGUCGUACCAUUGCGGGGCACGCGGAAUCUUGGCGCCAGCUUCUGGGCGGACAACGCGUGGAGCAAGCAGCUGCGUUGGGCGUGGUUGUGGGAGACGUGACGCUCCGUUUCGUGCGAAUGUAUGUGGAUGAUUCAGGUCACAUUUUCAUCUCGAGAGUUCAUCGAGGGUCUCCUGAAGCUUCGCCAAGCGAUGAUUGUCCUGGAGACUUGGGUCACGAUGUGGUCAACGUAACGAAGAACAUGUUACAACAUGUCAGAAGAGUGAAGUAUCGUCUAAAGCUGAAGCACACCCGAGCAAAGGAUGUGUUGAUUGAAGAAGAGGCGGAGGCGGCGGCGGACGCGGAGCAGGAGGAGCAGGAGGAGCAGGAGGAGCAGGAGGAGCAGGAGGAGCAGGAGGAGCAGGAGGAGCAGGAGGAGCAGGAGAAGCAGGAGGAAGCGGAAGAGGAGGAGGAGGAGGAGGAGGAGGAGGAGGAGGCCGAUUCGUUGCAACUGCAAGUUUUGGCCCGAGCCCACCCCUCCGCCGAGAUGAAUCUCGGGGCGCCCUUGCCCCCACUGGGCGCACGGGUGCUGUGCGAUGAUCGCCUCAUGAUCGUAUACUCCGUCCGAUUGGACGGAUGUGUCCAGGUGUCCCGCAGCAACUUGGGCUGCAUUAGCCUCGCGCUCUGCGAUGCAGACCAUCCCUCUGCCCCCCAGAUCUCAGGUCAAUUCGACCGCCCCGAGCCAGGGGUUUGGACGCCUGUUGAUCGUGUGCAGGUGCUGGCGACUCCUGCCCUGACGGUGGUUCCUUGGCAGUGCUAUCUCGUGGGACUUGGUUGCGUGGCAGUGUUGCCUUCGACGUACACCAGUGCAAAACCGCAUUCCUGGGCCCCUGGAACAGGCAAACCUGCAGGCAUUGCAUCCGUCGAGUGCUCCUGUGUCUGCGGCCAGCCAGACUGCUCCAUCUUCCGUCCCGACUUUGACCAGCGGAUCGGGGGCGUGAGCGAUCGGAAAGGUGACCUCGCUUCCUUCUACGAUGGCCCGAACUGCCUCAAUGUUCGGUUUUCCACCAGUGCCGCAGCUGCCGCUUGCGUGCAUGCGAUCCGAGCCAAUGUUUCCGGCAUGCUUGUCUUUACAGCCAUGAGUGCUGCAGCGACGAGUGGUCAGUACUGCUCCCCCCCGUCCCUUCAUCAACCCACCUUCCCUGCUUCCAAACCCCUCAUAAGGAGACCCCUACCCUAUCGGGGCGGUCUCCCGGCUGCUGACCACUUCCCUGUCCCCGCGCCGCCUUCCUUACGACAACAAGUUUUGUCCAAGGCGCUGGACCGUGUGGUGGUCACGCAGUUGGCUGCUCCUGCUGCUGGCAAGGAAGCUUACCGGGCCCAUUUCCAACUUCUUCAGCAACCCGGCGCGGGGGCUUGGCUUCAUGCUGUUCCCAGCCCAGCCCUGGGUCUGCAUGUGGUGACACCGCUAUUUCGGAUCAUGGUGCGCCUCCGCUUGCGCUUGCCCGUUGCUGAUUCCGACCUCGCUUGCCCGCUGUGCGAUGGCACCGCUGACAGAUAUGGGGACCAUGCCCGGGUGUGCCCUUGUGGAGGCGACCGAGUCAAACGGCACAACCAGCUCCGGAACCUUCUGGCUGCUCGCGCCAAAACCGCGGGCCUCCAGCCCGAAGUUGAAAAGGCAAACCUGCUGCCACCGCGGCCUGAGCAUCAGGGCGGCGCCGAGGAUGGUUCUCCCCAUGUUGUCCACCAGCCUGCGAGCCAGCGACGGCCGGCCGAUGUCUGGGUACCUAACUGGAACCUGCACGGCCCUGCCGCGUUUGAUCUCGCAGUCACCUCUGGCUUGCGACAAGGGCAGUUGGCGCAUUCCAUUGCCGAUGGUGGGCGGGCUACCCUUGACUAUGAGCAGCGCAAAUGUCAACACCUCAACACAUGGCAGGCCUGCGCAACCGAGGGCCUACAGUUCUUGCCUUUGGUUGUUGAAGGCUGUGCUGGUGGAUGGGGCCCUACUGCUUCGAAAACUUGGCAGCUGCUGGCUGCGGCUUUGUCUUCUCGAAGUGGCGAAGGGGCCAGCGUUGAACUGCAGCGGAUGUUGCAAUCCUUUAGCAUCGCGCUGCAGCGCGAAAAUGCUCGGGCAGUCCUUCGUCGCAUUGAGUAG